ACGAAACGCCCGUUCGCUGAGGAGGCGCCGGCAGUCAUAUCAUGGGGUCACGGAGCUCGGUGCAUGCAUCCGGUCCCACCGUCGGGUCCGUCUCGGCCAUGUCGGGCUUUAGCGCACGCGUAAAGUCGAUGGGCAGCAAAAGCCGAUCGGCCAACGGUACGCUCGGCACGGCAACGCCCAAGACCAUCGAUGGCGGCAAGGACUGGAGCGCGCUAAUUGAGCGACCGAUCGCAAGCGCCGACGAGUACCAGCACUACAUGCCGCCCAACAUGCCACUGUGUCCGCAGUACCUCUCCAUGUACCUCGCCGAGUGCAAUCGCAGCUGGAAGAUUCUCUGCAAAGGCGCGAGCCCCAAGAUGCGUGAGCUCAAGAAGGAUGGCAUUGUGCUCUUUUACGACGAGUUCUUUCACCGCCUCUUUCAGCGCGACCCGAGCUUCAACUUGGUCUUUCCUGGCAUUCGCAAACGCAUUGAGAUUCUCAUUUUGGCCAUGAAGUUUAUGCUCGCCGACAAGGAACACAGCCGUGAGACUGUCAUAACGCGCUGCCGCAACUUGGGCCACCGCCAUCGAACGAUUCCGCUUGUCCGGCCGCACCACUUCUCCACGUACACGAGCACGAUGAUCGAAGUCAUGAUGUACUGGCUCGACACGGAGGCGACGCCCGAUGUCGGCGAAGCAUGGAGCAAUCUCAUUGGUACCAACAUCAAGUACAUGCUGCAAGCGUAUCUACAUGACAACGUCGAUGACCACGAGUGGAGCCAAAACACUGCCGUGCCCGUCGAGCGACCGCGUGUGACGGCCGAGGCCAAAGCCAAGGUCAAGGCCCAGCAAAAAACAAAGGCAGCCAAGCCCAAAGUUGGCUUUUCGGGCAUGUCGCUUCUCUCCAAGACGCUGCGAACCGAACGCGAAGAUAAAUAAUAACGCUAUCCUGGCAAAGGUAUUUCGGCGUGAGCUGUACAAGUGUUG